UUUUUAUCCUUUCUCUUUCUCUCUCUGUCUUUCUAUAUCCUCAGCAACACACUCGGAAAAAUGUAGAACAACUAGAAUCUUUUGUUCCAAACAAAAACGUAUGAAUUGGUCGGUUUUUCUCCGGAGUCGUCUUCACUUUUCUCCGAGUUUUUAUUAUCAUCAUCUCUCUCGUGUCCCUGUCCCCAUCUCCAUCUCUUAGUUUCUUCUUCAAAUGGCAGAAGUUGAAGACAUAGACAACCCUCAUCACGACCACCAUCAUUACCUUUCUUCUUCUACAACACAACCUCCAAUGAUCAAUUUCCCGCGAGAUCUGUUAAGAACCUUCGUGGGAGUGAACAAUAAUAACAAUAACAACAGUCAGCACCACAAUUUGCCUAUGCCAGUGGUGAAGUUAGAGGAUGAGAAAGAAGAGCUGGAACUAAGUCUCGGCCUUUCGAUGAAUGGUAGAUUUGGGGUGGACCCUACAGCGAAGAAGAUAAAGAGAACAACCUCGAUACCGGAGUUUGUGCGCGACGAGGAGAUGGGAUAUGCUGCUGCGAUGGGGUGCACGGGGUCUCUGGUGAGGGCGUGUUCGCUUCCGACGGAGACGGAGGAGGAGUGGCGGAAGAGGAAGGAGUUGCAGACGCUGAGGCGGGUGGAGGCACGGAGGAAGCGCUCCGAGAAGCAGAGGAACAUGAAAGCCUUGAGAGAACAACAACAGAGGUCCGAAGGGAGCAAUCCGGUGGAGCAAGGUGCAGGGGGGUACGGUGAGGUUGCACCACCCUUGGCGAGGACCGUGUCGUUGACCGCACGUGUUUGUGGACUCGGCUUGAAUGGGGACAGUGAAAAGGAGAAGAAGGAGAAGAGAAGUGGAAUAGCGUUGCCACCUCCCUCGCCUUCACAGGGUUCCAUUGGUUCUUCCGGAAUUUCAGAAGCUGAGUCUCAACAGGGUCAAGGAACAACACCUAUGGAUGUUAGAAGCCCUACUAGUGCUAACUUGUUGCCAGACAGCGAACUGAAAUCACCAGCAGGUGUUGCUGAGAACAACACAGGCAAGAAUGCUGCUGCUGCUGCUGCAGUAACAAUGAGAAGUCAAUCUAACAAAUAUUCACCACCACAAAGCAGAACCAAAGACAUUGUGAGGAACUUGUUGGAAGACAUGCCCUGUGUCUCCACCAAAGGAGAUGGCCCUAAUGGGAAAAGAAUAGAAGGCUUUCUUUACCGGUAUGGGAAAGGUGAGGAAGUGAGGAUAGUAUGCGUUUGCCAUGGCAGUUUCCUCACCCCUUCCGAGUUUGUUAAGCACGCCGGUGGCGGUGACGUGGCAAAUCCAUUGAAGCAUAUUGUUGUUAGUCCAAGCUUUUUGUGAGGCCAAGAGAAAGAACCAACCAAAUAUGAGUGAUCAAAUUUUUACUCUAUUGGUUCCUAUGUUCACUCUUGAACUCACCACCUCUACUUCUAAUCUGCAUGUUAUGUUCAAAUUCUGUUCAUCUUUUGAAAUCGUAGAAAUUAUUAUGAAAGAGUCUGAUUUCUUAUUCAGGUAUUUUUUUUUCCCAUUUGUUCUUAUUUGACAUUAGAACGCAAGGGGCAAUGAUACUUGUUAGAGUUUGUUAGCUAGUUUUCUGUUAUCUGUUAGUUUUCUACCACUUAAUUUAGUACUUCAGUUUUUAUCUUCCCUUCUGGUAAA